UUUCGACGUUGCACACAUCCCACUCCCCAUCUCCAUCUCCCCAUUCUCGAUUCCCAUCACAUCACAACCCACCCAGUCUCUUUAUUACCCUCCCAUCCACAAGUCUUCAUCGACUCGUCGCAUCGGCUGCGAUAAUACCCCGCACAACCAAAGCCGAUCCGAAUUCAAUACCUCCACUUUUUGCACGCAGGCCAGCCAGUCAGCAGCAGCACGCGCACGCACGGCACGCACGACUCGCCCUUUCGUCGUCUUUCUAGUUGGCCAUCUGACCAACUGCUAAGAAAAGGUGCACACAAAGCAUUUGUGAACGGCGCGUGUGAUCACUAGUUUGCAUUCCAUUGGCGAUUGCAUCCACCAAAGACCGGCUCUAGUCACAAAGGGUCGUCACAACGCCAGAGCGUACCAGCCAGCCAGCCAGUCAGCCAGCAGUAAAGUGCCAACACACGAGUGAUCGGCCUCUUCGUUGCUCGCUAGCUCGCCCGUCCGCCCGCUCGCUCUACUCCGCCUUAAGCCAGCCGCAUUCCCUGCCGGACGCCGCCGUCGACGCCUCGCGCCUCAACUUGGCGCCGCGCCGCAUCUUUUUCUCUUCUACAGGCCGACGCCAUUGCAUCGGUUGUCGUUGCGCGCGCGCACGAGCCAUCGGGCCGAGCCCAGCCACACCACAGUUGCACGUCGCCCCGCGCCCGUCCGCUCGCUCGUUCCCACCUUCUGCGCCAUUGAAGGCCCGUGUACCUAGCAACAAAAAAGGAGGCGAUUCGCGGUCCGUCCACAUCCACACGGACCACGACAUAUAGUAGACACACACACACACACCCCCCACGGCGGCAACGACGACGACGACAACGGCAGCCAGCUGCUCAGCCCAGCCUCGCCACGCCACGCCCCCGCCAAACGCCACGCCCAAACGCCCCCAGCGCCUCUGCGUGCCGAGCGUCUUCCCUUUGACGUUUUGAGCACGGCAAAUCGGUGUGCACCGACCUCUACGCCCCUCCCACCCCCUCGUGUGUCCCUGACGACGUUGGUGCUCGCUCGCUACCACGUCGUUGCGUUCAUCGCUCCUCUUCGCGCCCGUUCCUUUUGAGCACGACGACGGCGACGCACAACCCAUAACCACAACCCCCCUACCUCUCUCUCUCUCGCCCGACGUCGCGCGUGCUCCUGCACGGAUCUUCCUUACAAGGAGACCGCCAACCCACAUCCGCAAUCCCCCCCAAAGACCAACUCUUAGGGGGCAACUCAUUCUCCUUCUUCCCCCCAUCCCAACAAGGAUCCCGUCUCAUCUUAGCAAAGGUCGACUCGACACACCAAGGUCCAUUGACAACUCGGCCAAGACACAUACCCAUCGUAUCGUGUGGCAUCCUCCUAUCUACUGGUCAAGGAGGUUUGGCUAACUGUCAAAACCCGUGUGACCAUCUCUAGCCAUACUCGCCCCCAACCCCAACCGCGCGCACACCGCCAACACCAUGCCGCCUCCUCCUCCUCCUCCAGACUCGCGUCUGCAGCACCACAUGCCCGUGCACCAGCAGUCGUACCCCCCACCAGGACCUGGCUACUCUCAGCCAUCACAUCCAAUGCACCACCAUCACUCGGCUCGGCACGCCUCCAACGGCCCACCUCCGCCGAUGCCUGUUGGCGGUCCUCCCCCUCCCCCCUUGGCUGUUGGUGGUCCUCCUCCCCCACAAGCAAUGCCCAUGCCGGGACCUCCUCCUCCCGAAGCUGGAGGACCUCCCCCCGCACCCGUAACCAACGGGCACCGCCACGGCACGCCUGGCCCUCCAGGGCUGAGCCCCGCCACUCGUGCUGGCAAGGAGAAGCAAGAUGGUGUUCUGUCGCAGCUCGCGCUUGCCAACGAGAACACGUGGAUGCUCAUUGGUGCUGUCUCCGAGCAAAUGAACGACCAACCCCGUGCGCUUCAGGCGUUUGAGAAUGCCUUGCGUCACAACCCCAACUCGAUCCUUGGCUUGAAUGCCGUGGCAUCGCUUGCCCGCAAUCGCGACGACUUUGACAAGGCGAUCGAGUACUUUCAGCGUAUCCUCAACAUCAAGCAGGACAAUGGCGACGUCUGGGGCUCGAUGGGCCACUGCUUGUUGAUGAAGGAUGACUUGCCAAAAGCGUACACUGCUUAUCAGCAGGCUCUCCACUACCUGCCAAACCCCAAGGAGCCCAAGCUCUGGUACGGCAUUGGCAUUCUCUACGAUCGCUACGGAUCGUUUGAGCAUGCCGAGGAAGCCUUUUCAAGUGUGCUGAAAAUGGACCCUAACUUUGAGAAGGCCAAUGAGAUUUACUUCCGGCUGGGCAUCAUCUACAAGCACCAACGCAAGUACUCUCACUCUCUCGAGUGCUUCCGUUACAUCAUCAGCAACCCCCCUCGACCCCUGACGUCGUGGGAUAUUUGGUUCCAGCUGGGUCACGUCUAUGAACUUGACCACGACUACUCGGCCGCUCGCGACGCCUACAUGCGCGUGUUGGGCCACCAGUCGGACCACGCCAAGGUGCUGCAGCAGCUUGGUUGGCUCUACCACCAGCCCGGUGCCUCGUUUGCCAACCAAGAACAGGCUGUGCAGUACCUCACCAAGAGUCUUGAGACAGAUGGUACCGAUGCACAGAGCUGGUACCUCUUGGGACGUGCGUUCAUGGCCGGCUCGCGGUACAACAAGGCAUACGAGGCCUAUCAGCAGGCAGUGUACCGUGACGGCAGAAACCCCACCUUCUGGUGCUCUAUUGGUGUUCUCUACUUCCAGAUCAACCAGUACCGCGACGCCCUGGAUGCCUACUCGCGUGCCAUCCGCCUCAACCCCUACAUUUGGGAGGUCUGGUACAACCUGGGCAGCCUCUACGAGUCGUGCAACAACCAGAUUACCGACGCCAUUGACGCGUACUCGCGCGCGGCCGAGUUGGAUGCGUCCAACAAUGCCAUCAAGCACCGCCUCCAGCUGUUGCAAAAUGCGGGCUCGAGCAACGCGCCGCUGCCGCCUGCCCCUGCGCCGGUUGAUGUCCACCCGUCGCAGUACGCUACACCUCCUGGUGGCGGCUACGGCAACAAUGCCAGCCCCACAGCGUCGCCUCACCUUCCCCAGGCCCAGGUGCCGCCUCAAGGUGAUGCGCGUGACGGUCAGCCAAAGGUCCGUGAUCUUCCUGCUCCCCCUGGCGAGUAUGGACGCGGCUCCCCUGGUCCGUUCCGUGGUGGAGGUCCUCCCCCUCUCAACCAUGUCGACGAGUCGCGUGGUUCGAUGGCCCUCCACGCUCCGUUAGGCCCGAUCGACACUGACAGGCCGGAGCCCCGUGACCUUCGUGAGAGAUACGAGGGAGCUGGACCGGGUGGACCUGGACCUUAUGGCGAGCGCGGCCAUGGCGAGCCAGUGUUCGCCCACCAGGAGCGUCCUGGCGAGCCGCCGCACUUUGACCGUCGUAUCGAAGGAGGCCGGUACGACCCUACUUCCGACUCGCGCCGUCAAGCACCGUCGCCAGGCUCGCCUCGUCACCGCGGGGAGCCGGGGCCGCCUCAUGGUUACCCUCCGCAUGCUGGAGGACCACCGCACCCAGGCUACCGUGACCGCGAGAGGGAGGAGUGGGAGCGACGCGAGCGCGAGCAGGCGCAGGCGCAGGCCCUGCACCAGCAUCAGCAACAGCAGCAGCAGCAUCAGCAAGCGCAGCAAGCAGCAGCGCAGCAGCACCGUGGGAUGCCACCGCAGCAGCACGAUCCCCGCCAGCCUUCGCCUCGCUUGACUGAGCGCGGCCAUCCGGCUGAUCCGCGUGGACCUCCUGCCCGCGGGCCUGCCGACCCUCGAGAGUACGGUCGCCCGCCUCCACCCGAGGGCUACCCGCCGUAUGGCUAUGAGCGUGGUGGACCCGGCGGACCCGGCGGACCUGGCGGUCCUGGCGGCGGUUACCACCCGGCUUAUGACGCCAGACGAGACGAGCGUCGCUUUGACGAGCGUGAGGGACCGCCCAACGGCCCUCCCCUUCGCCACCCGUCCGCGACUCGUGAUGUGGGCUACCAGCAGGACAUUCGCGCCCCUAGCCCCGCGGCGUCAACAAGCAGCAAGGCAAGCACGCGCCGCAAGGUGUCGGACAACAAUGACCGAGCCACUCCGCUGUCGGCGAACCGCAAGCCGCCUCCGAGAAAGCCCGAGCCUUUGAAGAAGGAGCGCCGCCAGAAUGGCGACAACACGCCUGCGGGCAGCCCCGGUCCCAGCCCGGCGGCAUCGGUGUCAUCGUCGGCUGCACGCCAGCCGCCGGCUCCCCCCAGCCGCACGGUCGAUGAGGACUAUGACGAGGGAGCCGCGGAUGCUCUCAUGUUCCUGUCAUCUGACCGUCGUGCGUCCGUCUCGGCUGCGUCCGUUUCGGCCGCGUCGGCUGGUGCGGAAAAGAGCCCUCCGUCUGUUCUGGGCAUCAAGCGCACGACCCCGCCCUCGCCCGGGUCUGCGCGACCUGGCACGGGCAACAAGAAGGUCAGAGGGUCACCUGGUCCGCCCCCCUCUGCACAGAGCCCGACGCGGCGCACGGUCAUUGAAGUUUUGAACGCGCCGCGUCUUGACUCUGGGUCGCGGCCCGAGCCGCCGGCCAAGUCGCCUUUUGACCGGGACCAGCCCAAGGCCCCGCUGUCGUCGUCGUCUGACAAGACGGUGGCGUCCAAGUCGCCCGAGAAGCCGGCGUCGACGACUGCGCGGAGGUCGGCGUCGCCGGUGGCACCCAAGUCGCCAGUCAAGCAGUCGUCUGACGCCAAGGGUGCGUCGGGCUCAUCGCUGGCGCCCAGGACGCCGGUAGAGUCUGCUGGCUCGAAGCCUGGCUCUGAUGCGGGAUCUGCGCCAAAGCGCGACCCGACGCCCGAGCCGGCCAACUCGAACGAGGAUGUGGAAAUGGCAGAUAGUGAGAAGGAGCGCGAGGCGGACAAGGAGUAGUAGGAUGGGCGGUAUAGUUUUAUAGGUUGAAUGCAGGUGCGAUCGACGGU